AAUUGUUUGCAGGCUGAUGGCACAGCUCUGUCUUUUGGACUUCUCAGCUGGGUUUUCUGCUGCGCGUCUCUGGUGUUCUCAAAGCCUAUCUGUAAAAAUAAGUCUUCACUUCCCGUGCAGCAAGAAAGAGCUAACUGAGCAGCUUGUGGAAAAGAUUUGUGGAACAGAUAGGAACUCUGCAGCUUAACUAUCUAGGCAUUUUCAUUUAUUUUUUUUUAACCUCAUUAAGGCACACAGGUGAGCUAAAGGUUAUCCUCCCAGCAAGAGUGCAGUGGCUUCCACUGGGCGUUUGCCUCAAAGUUACUGCUUUUAUAGGCUUGACUUCUACAGCUUGGUGACCUCUUUCAACAUUUUAUUAUGACAAGUCUCCUUAAAAUCUCUGCGUAUGCUGAUCCAUUGUUGUUGCAGACCAAUUUUGUAACCGGAUUAGUGUAUAAAGCACAAAGCCUGAAGCUGACAAUUUACAUAUAAACCUUUAUUGCCGUGCGCACCAGUAUAAAAACAUUUCAAUGAUUCAAUUCAAGGUUCAAAGUAAUAGUUGCGAAAACGCUAUCAGCCUAGAUAUGAAUCCAAAUCGCUGAUAGUGGAAGUUUGGAUUGGAGCUGCAUGCUGACUCUGAGCCUUAAACUGGAAGUGAAGUGUUUACCCUCCUGCUGCAUCUCCUUUCUGCUUUAUUUGCUCCAUAUGGUGUUUGACAUGGUACCCGGGGAGGGAGGGGUUACUGUGGGCGGAGGGAGAGCCUAGUAUUUUGUCCGUCCUGAAAUUUGAUUCACAAGUUUAGGAUCCUGGAAGACAAAAAGAAAAGCCAGAGGGGGAGGGAAAACAGGGUUUCAUCUUCGAACCACCAGAGGCGUAAACUCAACAUACUGGGAAAUCAGGUGCCAGGCUGUGUGACUAUGAGCAACACAUCAGGGCUUCAAGCCAGCGACGGGCAGAACGCAAAAGAGCUCGACAGCAUGAAGGAAUCCAUCAGCGACAUCAUCAACCAGCUCCAGGACAUCGACCCCGCCAGGCUCUCCUUCUCCCCUUUCCUGGACCUGGACACUCAGAUCUGCAUGGCGCCCGUGUCAGACAGCCCAGAGUCCUCUGUGGAGGAGCUCCACUCGGCCUCCCACUCGCCCUCUGGCUCCCAGCGCUCCCUGGAGCCUCCACCGUUGGCUGAGGAGCCAAAGAACUCGGCCUCCUGCCUCCAGCCGCCUGACAGUGGCCUCCACGAGGAACAAACGAGAGCCGGCCACACUGAGGAGGGAGCGCUGGAUCAAACUCUUUCCACUCCGAUCACCACAGAGCGCAAUUUGGCCGCCGCCACGGAAAACUGCAUCAGCACUCCAGCCCUGAUGUCUCAGGGAGACAUCCCCAACGGCACAGACACAGCGAAAUGGAGUCCAGAAUCUACUCAUCUGGACUGUACUGUGGAUGAGGUCCGAUCCCUAAUCGGUCCGUCGCCGGACAGCGUGGAGCUGACAGUGUGGAGCCCAGAAGGCCUGCUGGACGCUCACGAGGGCGCACCCGAGACGUCCGCCGGUGGUCGCUGCUGCAUGUGUAAAUGCUGCCAGAGCGGCAGAGUUCCCGCCUUCCUCUCAGUGCUGGCCUCUUUUCUGUGCGCAUCCGCGAUUAUCUACGUACUCGAUUCCUACGUCCACAUUAAACCUCCCGACUGCCCCGACGUGACCAGCCGGCUCGUCUUCACCCUCUGCUGCUGUGUGGUGGCUGCGCUCCCCAUCUUACUUGCGAUGGUCUUAGGCGCAGUGUGCCGCUUCUGUAGCGCCUCAUUCAGUUUGCAGGAGUCACCUCCCAGAAGACACACAAUUCAGCAGAUGUUUGUCACUGCAUCCCUGGAGUUAUUAUUCCUCUACGUCCUCAACCUCAUCGUCAUGGCGGCCUUAAGUCCUCAGCAGGACCUCAAGGCGAUACCAAUACUGGUCGCCAUGUUCAUUCUGGGAAGGCUUGUUUACUGGGCCAGCCUGAACGUGUGCAGCUCCUGGCGAGGCUUCGGUUCCGGCCUGACCAUCUUCCCACUUAUCGCCAUGGUGGCAAACAAUGUGUUCCUCCUGUACAAAUUGACCUACAAAGAGACACUCUUCCCCUCCGAGGAUGUCGUCUUUAACCCUUAGAUGCAUCAGUGACUGGACACUACACUAUUCCAUAAGUGGGUCAAAAAUGACCUGGAUCAGAAUUAAUGUGUUUUAAGCCACUUUGGCUCAGAAUAAUCAUUUGUAUUAUAUGUUAGGUAUUACAUUUUGGUCCACACAAGUUUGUUUUUAUGUUUGGAAUGUUUUUUGUUUUUUUUGGUAACGCUUUUAAACAUUUGUAACAAGGUCCGUAGGAUGGUGCGGAAUUAGAUUUUCAGGUGGACGGCCAACGCCUCCACCUGGACUAUAUAGUCUUGGUCCUGAUCGUCCAAUAUUUCUGAUUCGGAGUCCAUUCCUGUCACUGACGCUUUAAGUUAUGAUCUUUUUUUAUUACAAAGUUAUUGCGAGAAAAUGACCCCUUUAGGUCAUUUUUGUCCCACUUGUGCAUCUAGGAUAAAUCAGGUCAACCCGUCUUCCUGGAUAGGGGAGACAUCACAAAGCCCGAGAGGCAAACCAGACGUGCUGGCCACAGACUUCCCGAACUUUCACUGAGGACGUGUGUGCUCUUCUUGCAGGAGGAAAAUCUUUUCAAAUAUAAGUCAUUCCUGUGGUCGGCAGUCCGGCAAAGCUGCAGAAGUUGCCACGAUAACCUUUGAGUCCUUGAUGGCUUCACUUUUGAUUUAACUCCUCCUAGACUGGACUUUAUUGUUUAUUAUUUGAAACUCAAGAGCUCUUUGCCUGCUUGUGGUGGGGGGUGCCUUUGAACCAUGCCCAAGUCCUCCUACAUGUGUCCUUUCAAGCUAUUCUAGCAUAAUAUAUUUCAUGUCUUGUCUCAUGUAGCUUAAAAGCAAAAAACAAACAAACAAAAUUUUUUAAGCUCUUAAAUGUACAAAUGUUCAAAUAAAGGCAGAAUAAAAUCCACUCGUGAAAAUAGCGCUGGUUGCUCUGGCAUAGUUUUUGGAGCUAUUCUAGGAAAAACGUGUGUGCGUGCAGCGUUGGAGCUGUCAUUAUGUGUGCGCCAUCUGCCUUCUACUGGUGUUCUUGUUGCUGCUGUUGUUUCUCUCUUUGUAUGUGGCGCCUGUAAUGAGGCCAGAAAAUAGAAAACCAACAGAAAACCAAUAAAAAUGAAUUUAAUUACAGACAA